UUGAUCUAUUAAAUGACUCCACACUCUCACUUCCUCUAUUAAUUCUCCACUUCAUCAAUCUAAUCUCUCUCCCUCUCUCUCUCUCUCUCUCUCUCUCUCUCUCAUUCCUUCCUAGCUAGGGUUUCAGCUUCAGACACAGUCGAGCUAUUUGCAUAUUCAAAAACAGAAACAAGCGUAAGGAUGAACACGUAUAACAUGGUAAAGCAAGAAUUUAUCAAGAAAUGGAUAACGACUCUCCACAUGUUAGAUUCUUCCGUUGAACACCCCCUGAACGUAACCGAGAGGAAAAACGCGAUAAGACUAUCAUCGGACAUAGCGAUGGCAGCCACAAGAAGCGGCGCAACCAUAUGGAGCCGUGCUCUCAUCUCUAGGACCAGAAAGUACACGACAACCUGCAAACCCGUGGCUCAUAGAAUACUCAAGAAAGCUCGGAACCGGAUGAAGAAUCGUUGUACUACUAUUACACGAAAUGGAAUUUUUGGGGCGAAAAUGAGAGUGAGAAAACGUACGGAAUUGCUCAAGAGUCUAGUACCAGGAGGCGAGUUGAUAUACGACAAAGACUACUUGAUAAGAGAGACACUUGAUUACAUUGUUUACCUCCAAGCACAAGUGGACGUAAUGCGAACCGUUGCAGCCAUCGAUUCAGUCACCAGAGACUUAUCGUAAAACACGUAAUUGUUUUAUGUGCAUGCAUUUCGCACACUUGUAGUUAUGAAGUAAUGAUUAAGAUGUAAGUCCAUGUACAUAAAUAGGAUAACACUAUCUACAGCUUCCGAAGUGUACUUGUUUAAAUUUAUGGCUAAUCUCAAAAAUAUUUUGAAGGCCC